CCGAGUGUUCCGUCAAGAAUCAUCGUUUUCAAUCUUGUUGCGAAUCUCAUCGUUCCAUACAAGAAUGUCGCAUCAUCCUGCCUACACUCUUGGCGGCGUGUGCGCCUUGGGAGGUUACAUUGGAUAUCAGCGCACCCGCUCAAGGCCUUCUCUGAUUGCAGGCCUGGCCUUUGGGGCACUGUAUACUCUAUCUGGCUACUUGAUUCAAAACAACCAAAACUACGGUAUUGAACUCGCUACAGGCACAUCCGCACUUUUGCUGGCAGCAAUGGGUCGUCGCGCUCUCAAAACUCGCAAACCUGUGCCUUCUGUCUUGGCGAUACUUGGUGUUGUUGGCAGUGGAUAUUACGGGCGAAAGUUGUGGGAGCAGAUCAAUGGAGUUUAAUAGAUUUCAAUAUAUUGCUUUUCUUGGCAAUUUAAUGGUGGAAGGUUGAGCACUGAACAUUUCUGUGGGAAGGGCGUAGCACAGUUUUCGGUCAGCGUUGUUCUCUCCUGUUGGUCUGGUCCGUUGAGUAGAAAUGCCAAGCCAUAUGCAUCUCAAGGUUGGGACUGGAUCGAGUGGUCUUUUUGUUGGUCAUCGAUCUCCAAUAUAUUACUGUGAAUCUCCUC